AUGGACAUCAAACAAGAGGAGACUCUGGUCUCUAACCCGGACACAGCCAUGGAUAGCGAUGGAGCCGUCGCCCUGCAGAAUCCACCCGAUGCGAAGCCUACCUAUAAAUCUUUCAAGAAGAAGUUUCGAAAGAUGAAGAUCAAAUUCGAUCAUAAGAUGAAUGAGAGUAAUGAGCUGUACUUGGAGGAACAGCGCGCGAUCAAGACGGCCAAACGCCUUGCGCAAGAGAACGAUCGAAUUCUUGAUCUUCUCCUCGAUAUGAACAACUCGGCCCAAAUGCCAGUCGAUAAGCGUGUUGAUAUUAUAUCCGACCUCCCAGAAAUCCCUCCUCUAUUCACCAACGAAGAGCUGGCCAACGCCUCCGGUUUACAAACUCCUGAAGGAAUAGCCCUCUACAACGAGAUCCAAGCUCUUCUCAAAGAACGAGACGCUACAAACAUCGCAUCCAAACCUCCCAAAUCACUCGCAACGCUGCUGAAAACAGUUCCACACCCCACUACUCAAACCCCAGGCAAGAUCGAAGAGCUGGAGAAGACUCGUGAAGCGCUAGAUGGCCAGACAGCACCGAUUGGAUACUUAACAGCUGAGCAAAUCGACGACUUCAUAUACGAACUCGACGCCGAAAUAGGCAGCGUUCCCGCUCUCCCUUCUACCACUUCCCCAUCGGCUGCUCACCAAGAACUCGCCUUUGGCAACUACCACAGCCCUUAUAACUGGCUGCGUCGAAACCAGCCACAUAUCUUCCUCCAAGACGGCGAAGGCAUCGAGAAGUCCCAUGGCAAGCCCGGCGCCCUCCGCGGCGCAGGAAAACGCGCCAGUAUUCCCGCCCCUAGCAAACCCGACGCCUUGGAGAUCGUAGAGGAGAAUGGACAAGGGUAUGAGUUUGCGCUCAGUGGAAGUACAACGUCGAAGGGCAAGCGGAAGAGAGACGAUGACGAUACACCAGGCGGCAAUAACACGAGUAAAGCAACGAAGGGAGGGGGCGAGGAAGUGGCGAAGAAGAAGAGGGCAUAUAACAGGAAGCCGAAGAAUGCGGAUGGGGAGACGCCGACGACGAGUGCGAAGAAGAGUAGAGCGAAGAAGGCGAAGGUGCCGAGUCCUGAUCCGACAGCUCAUCCGUUCGGGCCGCCGAGGGACUGA